AUGUCGACCAAAGAAAAAUUGAAACGUGCUCGAACAGUGGGAGAAGUUUUAUUGAUUCUAAAUAUGCCUGAAUAUUUACCACUUUUUGAGAAAGCUAAUAUCCUUCAAGCAUCAGCCUUAAGGCUAUUAAGGGAAGCUGAUCUGAAGAUGACUGUUAAUGAAAAAAUCCGACAAGGAAUACAUCAUGCGAUGAAUGUGGAAGACAUCCCGAAACAUCCCAAAAUUAAUGAGGAGAAGUUUCGUUUGCAAAAGGCAGAGGAUGAACUGUUGCGAUGUAAAGUGGAAUUAAAUUUAAAACGAAACGAAUUAGCGCGAAUACAAAAGCAGACUAAAUUUAUUCGUGAGAUAUUUGAAAUGACAACUGAUACAAGAAAGUAUGCGCAGAAAGUUCGAAAAAACUGCAGCGAAUGUGGCACUUUAUCCAUGCAACAAUUAGCUAUUAAUCUGGAAAGUUUACUAAAUAACGCUUUCCUACCGAAUGCUAAUGCAAAUCCAUUAAAUCAAUAUUUACCUGAAUUAUUACCGUUACAACCAUCGAAAAAAAAUAACACUCGUCUUUAUUAUUCAAAUGAAACUGAUCCUGAUCCGUGGUAUGCGAAAAUUUUGAAAUCUGCAACUAUUCGGCGCUAUAAACAACCUCCUGAUGUAAUUUAUUAUCAUCCACCGAUCGAUGAGGAAGACGAGAAACAUGGCGACACAACAACAAUAUCACUGUCAACUCAAGCAGCAGCACAACAUGAACAUCUAAAUUUUGUGGAUGGAUUGUUCUCAAAAUUUGGAAAAAACAAAACAUCAACACCUUACAAGCAGCCAUCGACAGUCAAACGAUUUUCAAGCAAUGCACGCCAUCAUUCAUUCGUUCAUCACUCACGCCAAAAGGUUAAAAAUGUAUUUAGGAAAGCGGCAUGGCGCUGA